AUGAAGCUCUUUCUACCUAUUCUUGCCCUUGUCGGCCUUGUUACUACGUCGCCGCUUGCCGAGCGCGGGCCAAGCAUUUUCGUGGGCUACAGAACAGUCAGCGCAGCUCAAGCCGAGCUUUACAGAAAAGCCGGCAACACACUGGUCUACACUGGGUCUCAAAGUUCCGACCAGCUCGGUCCAGGCGUUUACAUCAGCCCCAACUUUGGCGAUUGGCCCGGAUCUCCUGACGGUUGGGUGUGUGCCAUCCUCGCGGAUGCCCUACUUUGGAAUCCAGUAAACAAGGCUUGGGUCCCGGAGUUUUGGAACGGCAAGCCUCUCUGGUGGAAGAAAAAUGAGGCAAACAUGGUGGCGUAUCUAAAGAACAUUGGCGGAUCCAACUUCGUCAUGACCAACACCAUACGACUUAGCAUAAUUGAUGGGUUUCGGCUCUUGCAACUCUUGAUUCCCGGAAAUAUGGUUGAAAACCGAAAGAUACUGAACACCAGGACGCAAUGCGCUGCGAAGACGGACAAGAAGGGCAUCGAAGCAAUCAAGGCCUAUGGCUCCGUCGACUGGAGUAAGUGGCCGAACGUGAAAGGUCAGCCCCAGACCCCGUGA